AUGUUUUAUAUCUUUAUAUCUUUCGUGAUAUCUUUCUUAUUUUUCACAAUAUCGUUCCUCUCUUUCGUAAUAUUCUUCUGUUUCUUGUUUUUUCCAUUUUCAAAUUUCUCCGUUAUAUUUCUUUCUAUUUCUACUUUACUCAUCCUUCCUUUUUUCUUUCUUUUUUCUUUUCUUUUCUUUCUUUCUUUUCUUUUUUCUUUUUCUUUCUUUUAUUCUUUUUUUCUUAUAUUCUUUUUCUUUUCUUUCUUUCUUCCUUUUCUUUCUUUCUUUAUUUCACUUUUUCUUUCUUUCUUUUUCUUUUCUUUCUUUCUUUUUCUUUCUUUUUUUUUUUCUUUUCUUUCUUUCUUCCAUUCUUUUCUUUCCUUUUUAUUUCUAUUAUACUUUAUCUUUCUUUCUUCCUUUCUUUCUUUUCUAUUUCUACUUUUACUCAUCCUUCCUUUUUUUUUUUUUUCUUUUUCUUUCUUUCUUUCUUUCUUUUUUCUUUCUUUUCUUUUUCUUAUAUUUUUUCUUUCUUACCCUUCCUCCUUUUUUCUUUCUUUCUUUCUUUCUUUAUUUCUUUCUUUCUUUCUAUUUCUACUUUACUCAUCCUUCCUUUUUUCUUUCUUUCUUUCUUUCUUUCUUACUUUCUUUCUUUCUUUCUUUCUUUCUUUCUUAUAUUCUUUUUCUUUCUUACCCUUCUUCCUUUCUUUCUUUCUUUCUUCUCUAUUUCUACUUAACCCUCUCUUCUUUCUUUCUUUCUUUCUUUCUUUCUUUCUUUUUUUCACUUCUUCAUUUCUUUUCUUUUUUUUUUGUUUAUACUUCAUCCAUACUUCUUUUUUCUGUUCUUUUUCUUUUGGUUUCUUUUUUCUUUUUUAUUUCUACUUUACUUUUAUCUUUCUUUUUUCUCAUUUCCACAUCCCUCUCUUAAUUACUAUUGUUCUUUCUUUCUUUCUUUCUUUCUUUCUUUCUUUCUUUCUUCCCGUUUCUUUUACCUUCUUUCUUUCUUACUUUUUCUUUCUACCUCCCUAUCUUUCACUUUUUUCUUACUUUUUUCUUUCUUUUUGUUUCUUUCCUUCUUUCGUGUUUAUAUUUUCCUCUUUUAUCUUUUCAUUUUAUUUUUCUUUCUUCUUCAUUUCUAUCUUCUCUUACAUGCGAUCUUUCUUCUUUCUUUUUAAUUUCUACCUUCCGUUUUUACACAUCUUUCUUUCUCUCUUUUCUACCUCUCUCUUAACUCUCUUUCUUUCUUUCUUUCUUUUUGUUUCUUUCAUUCUCCCUUGUUUCUACUUUACUCUCUUAUCUUUCUUUCUUUUUUAUCUUUCUUUCUUCCUCAUUUUUACCUUCCUCCUUUACCUACUUUCUUUAUUCCUGUUUCUCUUUGCUUUUUUUUUCUCCUUUCUUUCUUUCUUUCUUUCUUUCGUUCGUUCUUUCUUUCUUUCUUUCUUUCUUUCUUUCUUUCUUUCUUUCUUUAUCGUUUCUACCUCCCUACCUUUCACUUCUUUCUUAUUUUCUUUCUUUUUUUCUUCUUUCUUUCUUGUUUAUACUUUCCUCUCUUAUGUUUUCUUUCUUUUUAUCUUCCUUUUUUUCCUCAUUUCUACCUCCCUGUCUUACGUACUGUCUUUCUUUCUUUUUAAUUUCUACCUUCCUUUCUUACCUACUAUAUUUAUUUCUUUCUCAUUUCUACCUCUUCUCUCUCUCUUACCUCUCUUUCUUUCUUUUUGUUUAUUUUCCUCCCUUUUUUUACUUUCCUCUCCUAUCUUUCUUUCUUUUUAUCUGUAUUUGUCAUUACUACCUUUUUUUCUUACCUCUCUUUCUUUCUAUAUUUCUGUUUCUCUUCUCUUCUUUCUUUUUACUUCCCUUCUUUCUUUUUGCUUCUUUCUUUCUUUCUUUUCAUCACCCGGGCGUCAGCAGAUUUUAUUGCUAUUUAAAGUCAUACGGCAAGACAGAAUUGAGUGUCCUUCUGCUCUUCGUGUGCAAACUACGGUAUGUCACCCUACACACUAUUUAGACUACGCUUCUUUUCUUUCUUCUUCUUCUUCUUCUUCUUCUUCUUCUUCUUCUUCUUCUUCUUCUUUUCGUCAUUUACUCCUUCACCCUUUCCUUCACCCCCUGACACUCCUGCACAUGUGGCCGUUGCCCGUCUCGAACCACAUAAUAUAUCAUCCGUCCCGACGGGUUGCUCACAUGUUUUCAUCUAUGUUGUUGCGUAUUCAUGUCUGUUCUCCUUUUUCUUCCCCUGUCUGUCUGUGUGUCUGCUUCUUAGGCAGAGUGUCUGUCAAAGACAUUGUCUUAGUUACUUUUCUGUUUUUCAUCCAUUUUCUUUAUUCUUGCUAUUAUUGUUUCACGAACAUUUUUCGUUUUUUUUUUAAACUGACCGCCAUAUCUAUUUCGUCUCAACUUCAUCGGGUUUUACUUAAAGAUAAAUAUAAAAAAAAUUACCCGCUUUUUCUGUUUUUUUUGUCUGUGUUUUUUUUUUCUUUCUACUUUUUUCUUUUUUUUCUUUCUUUUUGUUGCUGUUUUUCUUUCAAUUUUUUUUUUCAUUUUUCUUUUUCUUAUGUUUUCAUUCUCACUAUUUUUCAUUCCUUCGUUUUAAAUCAUUCCUUCUUUUUCUUUCAUUCACUCUUUUCUUUGGUUUUCAUUCACUUUUUUUCUGUCUUGAAUCCAUUUUCUUGCAUAUCUUUUCCUUCUUCCUUCUUUUUUCAUUUUUACUUUUUCUCAAAUUCCUCCAUUUUCUUUCAUUGA